CUCCGAAACUAUUGGACGAAAUUAAUGAAAAUAUGUCCGGGUCCGAAGAUGAUGACUGGUUUACAAAGGAUGACGAUGAGAUUGAGCAGAGCUUCCAGCAUCAGGUGAAGCACCAGGAUGAGCAGAAAGAGGAGGAGGAGCAAAUAUUUUGCCGCGACGCCGUGGUGGCAGACGGUUUGAAACAUCUCGACCUGGACUUGACCUUUACAAAGGCGCCGGGUCGUUUUGCAACAAUUGAACUCUCCAAGGCUCUGAAAAUGUUGCCCGUGGAUAUGUUUCUCUAUUUCAUGUCGGACGACCGCGAUUUGUUUGGGGCUCAACUUGCCGGCAAUGAUAGCGUGAAGCGUCUGUCCAUACUUUUGGAAGCUCUCAAAUCGAUCUGUCAGCUGGAGCUGGGCGGAUUUGAUGACCAGUUCUUGUCCGCCUUCUCCAAGCAGACGGUCAUCUUCAAUUCGUUCCGCCGUUUUGCCCUGGCGCUCUCUGCAAACGCUUCGCACAGCAAAUGCGAUGCAGAAUCUGAGCAGAUUUUUAAGAACAUGAUAUGGCUGAUGGUACGAGCAAAAAAGAUCGGAGUUCUUGGACAACAGGGCUAUGAAUUGGUGGGAAUCUGCAAGAAGCUGAUCUCAGAAAGCAAGCUGCCCCAGCUGCUAGCCACCGACUUGAGUCAAGAGCUAGAGGUGUUUACAGCCGCACUGCCAGCCAUGGUCAACGUUAAGGGCGAAAUCUAUCCAACGGUAGACAGGCUGCUGCUGGGUAACGUGGAACCAACCAAUUCACCUGCACCAUCUGCGUUGAGUAAAGUGGCGGACUAUCUAAGAACACAGCGUCACAUACUGCAGCAGGAUUUCUUCGUUCCUUUAGAGGAAUUCGUUCAGUUUCUACGAGCAGGAUGCAAUCUUGAUGGUCUGGAGGAGCAGGGUCUACUCUGGCGAAGCACACAACUUAGUUUGAAUCCGGAAUUUGUGGAGGCGCAACGCCACAGCCUGGUUUUCCUUAAUUUAUGUCCUGCAGCCGACUCAAAGAAGAUAAAGAUUAAUAAAAAAUUGAUGGAGAACUUCAAAACGGGUGCUUUGCUGUGCCUGACCACAAGCUUGGACUUUGAGAACCUCAUUCUGUGCACCGUUGGCUACACAAUGCCGGACAAGCUGAAAGAUGGCCUUCUGAGUGUGGAGAUUGUAAGACAACAUAAUAUUGGCAAUAUCUACGAGCGACCGCUGAUCAUGUUUCAGACGCCCGUGUUCUUUGAGCCUUAUGUUCGGGUGCAUAAUUACUUGAGCACUUGCAGCACAGAGAUUCCAAUGCGUCGCUACAUUGUGGAUGGACAGAUUGAUAUACGGCCGCCAGCUUACAUUAAACCUAAUGUUCAGCUCACGUAUAAUCGAAAACCGUUUAGGCCGGCACUGCCACCGCAGGAUUUGCCUUUAAAUGACAGGCAGAUGGGUGCAUUUAAAUCGGCCUACACUAACGAGUUUUGCAUUAUACAAGGCCCGCCUGGCACAGGCAAAACGCACGUUUCUGUGGAGCUGGUGAACAGUCUUAUACAAAACGCCAAAGUGCUGUGCACUGGACCCAUCAUUGUACUGACCUACACGAACGAUUCGUUGGACAAGUUUCUGGUAAAGGCAUCCAAAUACACAAAGGAAAUACUGCGCUUCGGUUGCCAGACGCGCGAUCCAGAAAUAGCCAAAUUCAAUGCCAAUCAAUUGCUUGAUCCGGAUCUGGUGCCGCCCCUACUGAAGCGCGUGUGGUGGCUGGUCAACACUGAAUACAAGGAACAGUUCCAGCGCCUUCAAACGCUGUAUGCCAACUUUGAUGGCAGCGAGAAGAGCUAUCAGGAGACUCUGAUCGGACAGGAGCAGUUGCAGCAGGUGUCAGAGAAACUGGACACCGUACGCAUCAUCUUUCAGUAUUAUUUGGCCCGGGACAAAGAUCUGCUGGCCAUGACCACCACGUGCGCGGCUCGCUUGAACUUUCUGUUUCGUCUGCUGAAAUCCAAGUGUUUUAUCUUCGAGGAGGCAGCCGAAAUUCAGGAGGCACACAUAUUAGCCUGCCUCACGCCCCAUACGGAGCAUGUUAUCCUCGUGGGAGAUCACAAGCAACUUCAGCCCUUCACUGGCUGCAGCCAGCUACCGCAAGUCUCUCUCUUUGAACGCCUCAUCGCUCAGGGCCUGCCCUACUCUUUGCUCAAUGUCCAGUACCGAAUGCGUCCGUGCAUUUCCAGCCUUCUGGUGCCCAGUAUCUAUGAGGAGCUACUGUGCGCGGACUCUGUGAUGGCAUACGAGGACAUCCGCCUCAUGGACAAGAACUUGUUCUUUUUGCAGCACAAUCAACCGGAGAAAUUGCAGCUGGAUAUGUCCUUUGAGAAUCUGCACGAGGCCAAGGAGCUGGCUAAGCUGACGGAAUUCCUUCUGGAACAUGCCAAAUACGAGGCCAGUGAUAUCGUGAUACUCUCACCCUACAAUGCCCAAGUGGAACGCAUCAAGAAAUCGCUCCCGAUGAAAUAUAAAAUAGGCCCAAACAGGGUGCAAGUGUCGAGCGUGGAUAGUUUCCAGGGUCUGGAGGCGAACAUUGUGCUGCUCUCGCUGGUGCGCAGCAAUCCGACCGGCCAUAUAGGGUUUCUGGCUAAGCCGAAUCGUGCUUGUGUAGCUCUUUCCCGAGCACGCUGGGCGCUGUACAUGAUCGGGAACAUGGAGACACUGCAGCAGGGCAACUCGGAGCUGUGGUCCGCGAUAGCCGAACGUUUGGAGGAAACCAAUGCCAUAGGCGAUGCAUUUCCUAUCGUAGUUAGUUCUACAAAAUAAAACAAAGUUCGUUAUACAUUU